AUGUCGCUGCGCAAACCCCGUAAGGCGGGAUUUGGAAGCAAGAGUGAAGAAAUGAUGCAGUUUGGUCCAUUUGGCUACAUGAAUUCCCCACAACUGGCUCAUUUGGCAGCUUCUUUAUAUGGCUACCGCUCGGGUUUCCCGCAGAUGUUCCCCCAGCAGCCUAUGUUGCCCCAGCAGAGAUUUCUCCUCUGGCCACAGCAGACACCAGUGCAUCAAGUCGCCAGGCUGCCUCCACGCAAACCUCACCAAACUCCAGUGGCCAGGCAGCCAAACAUCAGGCCGCAGCCAAGGCCACAGUUAAAACCACAACUUCCGAGGCGUCCGCAGCCACAACCACGAUUACAGCCGCCACCAAAGCAGCCUCAAAAUACCUACCCUUCUCAGACUCAUCAACAAGUGCUGGUUCAUCAACCCCAAAGGGGGAAGCAGCAACAGCCUCAGAUGUUUGAUCAUGGAGGCUUCCAACAGCAACCAUUUGGUCCAUAUCAGGGAGCCCCCUAUUAUGGAUAUGGCUACCUUGGGAUGGGAGGCAGACCUCCGUAUUCUGAAGAAAUGCUUGAGCAAGACUUUGAAGAGGCAAAAGAAAAAGAAACCCCAACAGCUGAUCCCGCAACCAACUCGACAGUCUUGGAAACAAAUUCAACCAUCUCUAAUCAACCAAGCCAGGCAGCGAAUGGCACUUCUUCUGGGCUCAGUACAGCAGGCAAUGGGGCUAAUUCGCCAGGCCUUGAGAGGAACUUGCUCAGUGGAAACGGGAUCCCAACACCGUCACCCACGGCUCGUGUGUCGGCAAGGAAUGGAGCAACAUGGAAUGGCAUUGAUCCCUCAAGUCAAAGGCCUCCAUCUCCAGAUGUCAAUGCCAUUCAAAGCUUUCCUUCAGGGGGCCAACAACCCCCAGGGUAUGGUGCACAUGUCUAUAAGCCCCAACCAGAUAUGGGAGAUACAAGGCACAAUGCUUUGAUUUCUAGAGGAAACCCCUCUACCCAAACUGAAAACCCAAAAAAUUCCUUGGCUUAUGGAGAGUACUCUAACCACAGAGGCAAUCUCCAGAAUACAAACAGCAACCCUCCCUCAGUAAACAAUAGACCUAACUUAUAUGAGCAACAAGGGCAACCCCAUUAUCUUGAGAGGAACCCAUCAGGUCAAAGAGAAAGAGUGCCUUUUCCUAGUUCUGAUCCACAAGCCCAGUGGAAUAAAGUUCCAGUCUACAGGGAUAAUGGUCUAAAUCCUUCCCCAUCUGAAGGCCGUUCCCUGGAUUCACAGUUUAAUACAGCAGGACGAGUUGAGGAUGUCUAUAAUGAAAGAGAAUACACUGAACGGCAUCAGCCUUCUGGAAUGCACCGAACAAGCGCAUUUUCCCAUCAGGAAGCAUUCUCAGCCACAAGCAGAACUCCAUUUGAAGCAGAAUCCCGGCGGUAUGAGUGGAAGGAGAAGCCCUUUAUUCAUCCAGAUCGUGAAAGAGAACAAUUUCAAUCUUCACAAAACCGGAGGUGGAACAACCAAGAAGAUCCACAGGUCUUCCGAGAUGCUCCUCCCAGGUAUAACUCGGUGUAUUCAUCUGGUUCUUUUCAACGAACAGGACAUGCCACUUACUCUGAAAGGGAUCUCAAUGGCCAACAAUCCCAUUCCUUUUAUCCCAGAGGAUGGGAGGAUAGAGAACAUUCACCCACAAUGAGCCCAGCAAACCAAAGAGAAAGUCCACCAUAUUCUCCAGAUUUGCCUUCAAAUCAGAUGCAAAGAAACACCUAUCACAGAAACGUUCUGCAGGAGCGUGAACCCUAUCCCAGGCAAAACCCAUGGACUCAAGAAAAACAGGUGCUUGAUCUCGACAGAGAGUACAGAAACCCUUCAUACAAUCCAACUCAACACCAUGCAUAUCCAAAAUAUUCUAUGGAGAAUCCAGCCAACCAAAGAAGUAAUUUGCCAUAUGAGGAAAUUAACCGGUGGACUCCAGAAGAACAUUCUCCAGUUCGUGGUGCAGAAAGAUUGAGACAAACAGAAAACACCCCAUAUCGCGUGAACAAUGCAUUCGGACCCAGAGAAAGGAAUCUGGAGAACCAAGCACCACAUUCUCCAUUACAAAGCGGCACUCUCCUCCAAAGCAGACCACAGUAUCCCGAAAGAGAUGUUUGGGUCCACCAAAUGGUGGGCCCAUCUGCUCCGAAAGAAACUUCGCCCUACUUUAAUACCUACCCCACAGACUUCAGGAAAAGCCCAGCGCAUGCUGAAGACACAGAGGGAGCCAUGCAUGGGAGAGCACCAAUCUCCAGUAUUGAUAUUGCAGAAAGAAGACAUCAUUCUGACACACUGAGAUACCCAGGUGAUUACCCAAGAGAACCCAGAACUGUUACCUUACACACAACUGACAGCCACCUGUGCUGUGCAGGUGACCCCCCAGUGCCAAGAGAGAACUUACUGGCACCACUGCAAAGCGCUCCUCGUUUCCAGUUUGCUUCAUGGGAGCAAAAAGGAAGCUCGACAUAUCCAGAGAGCAACCAUGCAAAGCAUGCCAGGCAUGCCCCUUACCCAGCUGGCAUUCAGUCUAAUCACAGGGAUAUUUCUCUAAAAACUGGGAAAACAAAAUCACAGAGAGAAAACUUGGAUGCAUAUGGAGAGGAAACAGCAGGCCUACAGAAUGGUCCACCGUGCUCCAAAUCGCACCUAAGAAAACAGAAUGAACCUGAAGCCAACUAUGAAACUGGUCUACCUGCACCUAGGAACACACCUUGUUAUGGAAGCAGCAUCCGAGGUGACGGACACAAUGUCCUUGCUUGGAUCGUGGGGGAAAAUCAGUCUGAAAGGGCAGCUUCUAUGAAGUUUGUUCCUGAAAAUGUACCACCACCACCUCAAGGGAUCAGAAGUGCAGCUCAUGAUGGUGAAGAUGUUAGGAAAGGAGAAGGCGCAGCACUUGGGUUCAAGAGGACUCCAUGCUUUGGAAGCUGGUUAAAGCAGUAUUUAUCCAGCACGGGAGCUCCAUCUGGUGAUCAGCAGCACGAUCAGUUUUAUCCAGAUAACCCAUUGCCCACUAGGAAGCCAAACAUCAUGGUGCCACCUGUACCACAGCCAAUCUCUAGUACUGAUCCAUCUCAUGAUAUAGAAGAAGCACCAUUGAAAUUCAGAUCCCCAGGAGAAGAAUUGGCUGAGCAAGCAAAGGAAAGGACACCAGACUGUUUACUGUUCCCAAACAAAUGA